AUGGGUCCGAUCACCGGACAGACGCACCACCACCGGAGCACGACCAAGACCGAGCACAAAGCGUUCAAGUCCAAGUUUGCCUCCAAAUCGGCGCUGAAGGACGCCGCCAAAGGUGAGUGGCACAAAUAUGCGCGAGGCAAACGCAGAACGCCUUACCAGCAGGUUAUGUCGAAACUUGCCCGCAAGAACCAGGCGAAGCAGUCCCGGAUAAACCAUAAAGAGAAACAGGAGGACGAGUCGCGUAUUUUUCAUGGUAUAUCAGGUGCACCAAAGCAUGUGGCUGUCGUACCUCUGUCACGAGAGGUCAAUGUUCAGUCCACUAUCGACCAAUUGAACCAAGGAGUGGACCUCAAUAUCAAGCCCUCCGAAGAUGGCACGACACGGGCAAAAGUUGAGAGAUUCAGACGCAACCUGCUAUACCUUCCAGCUAAAUUCGACGUAUUCAAUGCUGCAGAUGUUUGCAAGCUGGCCGACUGGGUGCUUUUUGUCAUGACGCCUGACCAAACAUAUGAAGCCGACGUGGAUAUACUCCUGAAGAGCGUAGAAGGCCAAGGCAUCACCAGUUUCGCGGCCGUCGUCCAAGGGUUUGAACAAGCUGUUCCGGCCGCUAAGCGAUCACGGCACCUGGUGGAAAUGAAGAUGGCACUUGGCCAUUAUCUACCAUCACUUGACAAGAUUUCCAGUCUGGAUAGCAAAUCAGAUUGCGCAAACCUCGUUCGGACACUCUGCACCGCUUCGACAAAAGGUGUUCGGUGGCGAGACGACAGAAGCUGGAUGCUUGUGGAAGAUGCAGUAUGGACCGAGGCCACUGACGGUGCCGGUUCCAGAACUGCAACCAUCUCUGGUAUCGUUAGAGGACGGGCAUUCAAUCCAGAUCGACUAGUACAUCUUUCGGGCUACGGGGAUUAUAGAAUUAGCACUGUGAGGCAGCUGCCGAGUCAAAGCCACAAGCGGAAAGCAGAUGAAAUGGCUGUUGAAGAGACACUUGCGGAGUGGGGACCGUCGGCCGAUCAGGAUAACCUCGACGAGUACGCUCCAGAGUCGGCUGAGAUGACAGACAUCACCGCACUGAACCAUGCCGAGGCUGAAGAGAAGAAGGGUGUACUCCUGGAUGAUCACCACUACUUUUCCGACGACAAUUCACACAUGCCAGCUAAGCCCAAGAAGCUGCCCAAGGGUACAUCAGACUACCAGUCAGCAUGGUUCCUGGAAGAUGUGAGCGAUUCAGAAGAUGGCUGGGAAGAAGACGAGCAGGGCGAUAUUGAGAUGGCUUCCGAGACCGCCACCAACCCGGAAGACGGCUAUGUGGCACCGGUCGCUGCGACCGAAGCCGCUCCUACCGAAUAUCCGGAAUCAGAAAUGCACGUCGAUGCGGAUGAGGAGGAAGAAGCUCAGCAGCUCCAAGAGUACCGGUCACGCAGAAAGGAGGCUGAAGAAGACUUGGAGUUUCCGGAUGAGAUUGAGCUCCACCCUGGCGUCCUCGCACGCGAGCGUUUGGCCAAAUAUCGAGGAUUGAAAAGCUUGAGAACCAGUGAAUGGAAUACCGCCGAGGAUAAGCCUUACCAACCAGCCGAGUACGAUCGCUUGCUUCACAUCGCAGAUUAUAAAAGGUCUAACAAUACUGCGAAGAAGGAGGCUCUAACUGCUCCGAUACCCGCUGGCACUCGUGUGGAAGUUGUGCUUGCCGACGUUCCAGCCUUCCAUACUCGCCCAUCAUCGAUGUUUUCCCUGCUACGACAUGAGCAUAAACGAUCAGUGAUCAACCUCAGCAUGACACUGCGUGCCGAAGCCGAGCUGCCGAUCAAAUCCAAGGACGAUCUUCUGGUGCAAAUUGGCCACCGCCGGCUUGUGAUCAACCCUACCUUCUCAGCGUCUGGGCAGACGCCCAACGAUGUUCAUAAGUCGUCGCGCUUUCUCCAUCCUGGGACAAGCGCUAUCGCCAGCUUCACUGGCCCUGUCACGUGGGGAUCUGUGCCUGUACUAGUCUUUCGGCCCAGACCUGGUCCCUCCGACACACCCGGCAGAAUCACUGCCGAGACGAAAGCAUCCGACCUUGAGCUCGUUGGCUCGGCGACUACCAUCGCUCCGUCCACUUCUCGCGUCAUUGCCAAACGUAUCAUUUUGAGCGGUCAUCCCUUCAAGAUUCAUAAGAAACUGGUCACGGUGCGCUACAUGUUCUUCAACCGCGAGGACGUCAGGUGGUUUGCUGCGCUGCCCUUGUGGACUAAGCGCGGCAGACAGGGAUUCAUCAAAGAGCCACUUGGCACACAUGGGUACUUCAAGGCGACGUUCGACGGCAAAAUCAAUCCCUUAGAUGCCGUGGCUGUCAGCUUGUACAAGCGAGUUUGGCCGAGAGAGGCGAGGGUCGUGGAGAAUUUGUAG